AUGGUAUCAAAGUUGUCUCUUCGAGCAACUCCUAAAGAGUCAGUUACCCCUGAUAUUCUAGGUGACAUAGCCAUGGCUGGAAAGAAAGGCAAAAAGAAAUCCUCUGGAGCAGCAUCCAACUCCCAGAGCAAAUGUGCAGAAAAGAUAGACAAAGGCAAACAGAGAGAGGAAAAUCUUCCAUUUUGCCCCCCUGAACAGCCUAUCCAGGGAGAUGCUGGGCCUUCUAACCUUCCUCUGGGGAUUGCACCUGGACCAGCAUACUUCCCCAAAUUGUCUGCCCCUGCUUGGCUGCCAGAGUAUAAGCCAUUGCCAAAUGCAUAUGGUCAGAUUAGGGUUAUUCCUGAAGAUCCUCCCAUGCCUGAAUUUACCUUGGACCCAAACAAACCAUUCACAGACAAAAGAAGAGUACCUAGCCCACUACACGUUCGCAAGAGCACAGGUCCAGAACAAAUAUUUCCAGCAAAUGUGCAGGGCUACCAAUGGGCAGUUGCUGGAGGGUAUGAUGGGUAUUUGUUACCAAAUCCUCCCUUGACAAACAUGUUGCCAAAGGGGCCCUAUUACCCCGGAAAUCAAGGAGGACGUUCCGGCAUCAAUCAAUUUGAACCAAACCCGCGCCAAUUUGGCGAGCCACCAACUCAAAUCGAUCUGGCAGGCUUAGCUCAAGUUCAUGCUUAUCGGAAAGAAUUCAAAUCAAGCAAUGCUGUUAUCCCAAAUAUCAAGCUGCCUCUCACACGCGGUGUCGUUGUUAAGCAGUACAAGGACAAGGAUGACGAGGAUGGGCCUGUGGUGCUUCCUGAUGUCAGAAGAACAAUCCGUUUGCUUGUAGCUUCACUGCCACAUCUCAGCCGCGGGUUCCUUGCAAACCACAUCAUAAGCGCCUGGAAGGAUCGCGAGUGGCACGCGAUUGGUGUUCCUGGACCCGAUUACCCGGACUGGACAUCGAGGACCAUCCACAAGAGCCGAAUCGCUAACCGUGGCCACAGCAAUGGCUAUCAAAGCUUUGGCGACUUGGCCCAGUUGGACUUCGAGUCAGCAUCGCUCAAGCAUUUUUCAAUCAUGAACAAGGAAAAGCUCCCUGACGCGAGAAUUAUGUGUGUGGUGAACCGUGAGGUUCCUAAAACCGACUUCAACAUCUUUCAACACUUGGUCAAACGUCCUGAACUGGUUAUCAUCAUGGCAAAGUAUCUUCGCGUUCAGGAACUGCUCAUUCUUUACUCCAUAUCCCGGCCAUUUCACCACAUUGUUCGCAAUCGCAUCACAGGAAUCAUUGUUUCUCAGGCUCAGCGUCGAGCUAUUGACUCGGCGCAACUCUUUCCAUUCCGCUGCUUUAGUAAACUUUGCUUUCCCGACCCUGCUGGACGACCACACCCAAUACCGGAAAGGGCAAUGGCAGGGGAAAUUCGUCAAGUUCCCUCGUUUAAGUGGCUGUUGAUGGUAUGUUACCGUGAAAUGGUCUGUCAUGAGAUAGCUAGCAUCAUGGCACAAGAUGGUGUGCGAGUUCCUGAUGCGUGUAUUUCUGUCCUGAAAAAGAUAUGGCUGUUGUUGGAUAUUCCAGACAGCGCUCGACGUGUUGGAUUGAUUCAAAAUACCUCUGUUUUCAGUAAUCUUGACAUCUAUUUCGGCAUGAUGUUUUUUGUCAAGCUGGAUAUGCGCUUCACCGACCCUAUCACUGGUAGCGGAAAGGACGGAAUGCGCCGUUUGCUCAUGGCACAGCCGAGCCUCACGAUGUUGUGGAAAGCACUGAAGCGUACAGCUCUCGUCAGCAGAUUCGACAUCAUCAAGCUCUUCGUCCGCUGGAAGUAUCGUCCUCCCAUGGGUGAAAUUGGCCAGACGAUCUUCGGUGUUCCGCCAAACGAGAUUGGAAUGACACAAUAUGAGGGAUGGGGCAAGACACAAAGCCGUUUCCUACUCUUACGCCCAGACGAGCUAAUUCUGAAGGAGUCGAUCCGCCGACAGUUGAACCUCCAUCUCCAUUACACCAAUAUGUUUCUUUGGGGCUAUGUCAAUCCAAUAACUAAAAAUAAUGUCCAGCCCAGAGCAUACCCUCUCGCCCUGGAUAGACUUGAGGGGCUGGAAGAGAUUUUGGUGCCAAAGGAGGAAUGUGAGAAGGAAAGAUUCGUCCUGAGAGUCACUUCAAGCCAGGCCCGUGGAGCUAGACAACAAAACUGGAUGCUUCACUGA